AAACUUUGAACCUCACAUUCAAAGAAGCUUGACUGCACAUACACAAUCUUACAUAUUACUGUGCUCAUUUUAUUGGAUGAAGCAUUGAUAGUCAAUUGAUAGUAUACUUAUAUUCUGAGAAACGAAAUCAAUUCCUCGGGUCAGAAUCAACGAAUUCAUCGAAAUAGAGCAUCAUUGAUACUACAUCGAGGCGCACCCAGUCCGUCACACCGGCUGAUCUCUCGAAGAGUUGAAUAUACCAGAGAGGAAGAAAUAGAGUCAAAAUGGUUCAAGGCGCACUUAAAUCGACGAAAAGCGCAUUGGCGGGCGGGAACCGAGCGAAUGGGGCGGGGAAAAAGGCGGCGUUGGGACCGAAGAAGGGACAGAGGGUUAUUAAGGCGAAGAAGGAUGGAUUAAGGAGGAGUGAAGUUUUGAGAAAGAAACAUUCAGCAGGUCUUACAGCCAUGACGGAAAAGACACUCGGUGCGAAAGCAGGUCAUCUGGAAUUGUUGGGAGUAGGAAAGAAGAGUAAGGGAAAGGAUGGGAAGAAUGCUGGAGAGACCAAAGGGAAGGGAAAUGCGGGGACUACAAUCCAUGGAGGCGAGAAGGGAGGAACGAGGAAAUUUGGUUAGAGGGCUGUGGUACUGUGUUGAGGGAAGGACAGGUGAUGAUGAUGAGAAUGAGAACGGAUGAGGAACUUAUUUAAUUGGUAUUGGUCUGGAGUUUGGUUGGCGCUUUUGGAAGGAUUGGCGUAUGAGGGAUAGGGU